ACAUUAAAUAAAAAAAUUAAAUUAAUUAUUACUUUAUUAGUGUCAGCUUCUCGUCCAAAGUGCGAACCUUGCCGCCCCUCCACCUUCAGCGGCUGAACCACCGUCUUCAAUUGCCGCUGGCAAUAUCCUUAAUUUUCCGUCCAUCUGAGCUGAGAGAGGAAUAGGAGAAAAUUCAAGUUAGGGUUAGGGUUGUUGUUUGGAGAUUGCGGUUGCUUGGAAGGGAAGAAGAUGUCGGGCAUGGGAGACGGUUACGUCGGCACCGCCCAAGACGCGGUGAGGAUCCGACGGCUUGAGAAGCAGAGAGAGGCUGAGCGCCGUAAAAUUCAAGAGCUCAAAACCAAGUCUGCCUCCGCCAAGGGCCAGCCUGGUCUCCUUCAAUUCGGCUCUAGCACUUCUGAGAUUCUAGAGACUGCUUUUAAGAAGGAAACUGUUGGUCUUGUCACCAGAGAGCAGUAUGUAGAGAAGAGGGUUAAUAUUCAGAGCAAGAUUGAGGAAGAAGAGAAGGAGAAACUUCAGAAGCAACAGCAAGAGGAGGAGGAGCUUCAGUUGGAGAAGCGCAAGAAGAGGAAGAUAAAGGGAAAUUCUCGAUUGUCGUUUGCAGAGGAUAUUGAUAAUGAUGCUGAAGAGGAGGAACCAGAAGAUACAGAGAAUCUGGAGAGACUAAGACGUGGUAAACUUGGAAAAGACCCUACUGUUGAAACCAGCUUUCUACCUGACAGUGAGCGAGAGGCUGAGGAACAAGCUGAGCGUGAAAGGCUGCGCAAACAGUGGCUCCGUGAGCAGGAGCAAAUUCGAAAUGAGCCUCUUGAAAUUACAUACAGUUAUUGGGAUGGAACUGGUCACAGGCGUGUAAUCCAGGUACGCAAGGGUGAUAGCAUUGGAGAGUUUCUUCGAGCAGUCCAACAGCAACUGGCUCCUGAAUUCCGAGAGAUUCGAACAACCUCAGUUGAAAAUUUGCUAUAUGUGAAAGAAGACCUUAUCAUUCCUCAUCAACACAGCUUCUAUGAGCUAAUCGUGAACAAAGCCAGAGGCAAGAGCGGACCACUUUUCCAUUUUGAUGUGCAUGAGGAUGUCCGAACAAUUGCUGAUGCCACUAUAGAGAAGGAUGAGUCCCAUGCUGGGAAGGUUGUAGAAAGACACUGGUAUGAAAAGAACAAACAUAUAUUUCCUGCUUCAAGAUGGGAGAUAUAUGAUCCAACAAAGAAAUGGGAACGUUAUACCAUCCAUGGAGAUUGAUUUGUCACUGCCACAUAACUUACCUCUGCAUUUUCUGCUUCAGACAACAUUAGUUAAUUAUACUUUGCAAUUUCAGCAUUGGAAAUGACUGAUUUUUGUACAUUGUAAUUUAACCUACUCGGAAAAUUGGACAUGUUUUGUUAUAGUGGACCAUCGUUGGUUUGCCUUAUGAAAUUUUCACUCCUGCAA